AUGGAGCCCUUUAAAAUUACUCUUUCUAAUGAAGCAACCCUGACUGGGCUGGUCAAUGCCGGCAGCGGCCCAGCUAUUCUACCCAACCGCCUCCCUCUAAUCGUCUGUCUCCAUGGAGGCACCUACACCUCCAGGUACUUCCAUGUAGACGCAAGCCACACUGCUUCUUCAGUGAGCAACAGCCUCGGGGUACCUUUAGUAGCUAUCAAUCGACCCGGCUAUGCGGACUCUACCUCGUUUUAUCCCAUCCCACAGGGGUCGUCGUAUCCGCAGGAGUAUGGCAUCUGGCUACACCGCUACAUCCUGCCCGCUAUUUGGGCAGAGUUUGGUGAACCACGAGGGUGCAAUUGCAUCGUCCUUCACUGCCAUAGUCUAGGCUCGACUGGCGCGAUUAUCGCGGCCAGCAUGCAUGCUGCCAGCGAACCGAUCGAGGCAACGUACCCCCUUGCCGGCCUCGUCAUAUCUGGGUUCGGUAGUCAACCUAGUGGCGAAGCGUAUAAGCCACAGGGUGACGAGACCACUAUAACCUUUCCACCGAAAGUCAAGGACAGCAUCAUGCUCCAGCAAGGAUGCGCUGACUCGAGCAUCUACCAGUAUACGGAGGAAUUGAACCACGGAAUGCCAGUUGAGGAGAUUGGAGAUGUACAUACUGCAUGGUUCCCUCGAUGGAAGGAGUGGGCUGGCAAUGUCAAGGCACCAGUCAUGGCCGCCGUGGCCCAGGAUGAUGUGAUGUGGAAGGGAACUCGGGAACAUAUCAACGACUUCGGCAGUGCCUUUACAGGAAGCGAAAGAGUAGAUACAAGUGUUGUCAUUGGCGCUCCGCAUAACAUGGAAAUGAGUUAUUGGGCAACAGGGUGGUAUACAAGGAGCUUUGGUUUUGCAUUAGAAUGCGCGGCUAGUUUUGCACACAAGAAUCAAUCAUCCACGUAG